CGAGGAUAUGACUUGUCACGUGAUGACAGUAGCUGUGAUACACAGCCUCAUGUGUAAGUGACUGAAGCUUGUGCCUCAUCUAUCUACUCCCAGCUCUUUUCUUUCUUUCUAUCCUACCAAUGAAGAAACUCUUUGGACGUGACAAGGUGAAGCAGCAAAGGAUAACCUCGCACAGAGAUGUUGAUGUUGUUAUCGACGAUGAUGCACUACUUGUGCGCCCCAAACGGCCCUCAGAGGACCACCGUGACUGGGAGGUGCUAUCUGAGCCCCCUGUCCCUUCUAGUCCGUAUCCUCAGUUUGCAGUGCCUCCGAUGUCACCGAGCCGCUCGUCUUCCCUAGCUUCGAUUCCACCUGUAAUAUUACCUGCGCGUUCCAGUAGUCCAUACAGCAUUACAAGUCACACCACCACUACACCUACGCCCAUGCCCGCCCCCCAGACUAACCCAAACCCAACCCAUACCGUGCGGAGAGACGGGCGGAAGAUUCAGAAGACACAGCCUGGGCCUGCUGCACUUGGUAUACUGAAGUCGCUCGACCCACAUCUGGAGCAUGCCCUGCAACAAUCACACCCGCAUCAUGCCCACGAAAUAAUACCAGACGAUUAUUUUCCAGUUGAUCACAGGGACAAGGCAGAGAAGAAGGAGAGGAAGAGCUUUUGGGACGGGAUUAUCAGGGACAGGGACAGGGACAAAGACAAGGAGCGUGGGCGUGAUAAAGACCGUGAAACUCGUGAGAAGGAAAAGGAAAAGGAAAGAGAAAAAGACAAAGAGGGACGAGAUCGUCUUUGGCGCGAAGAAGAUAAUCCCUCGGAGCUGACGCGCAUGAUCGGGUACCUCACAGCCACCUCAUCGGAGGACUGGUCUCUCGUGCUCGAGGUCUGCGAGCGCGCGUCUGCUACUGAAGCGAAUGCAAAGGAGGCUAUGAAAGCCCUUCGGAGGGAAUUCAAAUAUGCAGAGCCUAAAUCUCAGUUAUCUGCUGCUAGGUUAUGGGCAAUAAUGCUCCGCAACGCGUCCGAUAUCUUUCUAACUCAGAUCAGCUCCCGUAAAUUCAUCGACACCCUCGAGGACGUGUUGACAAGCUCAAGAACAAGUCCCGUCGUCAGAGAACGACUAAUGGAGGUGCUUGCAGCCGCCGCUUUCAUCACUAGCUCACGUACGUGUUCGUCACUCCACAAUCCCUUUUUAAACCUGUCUCCAUCGGUUCUGAGCACCGAGUCGUGUGCUAAUUCGAACCUGCGUUCUUUUCGCAAUACUGACCCAACCCCCUGGUGGUCCUUUAUAGGUCCCCACCCCUCGCCCAAAUCUGAACCAUCCCCUUUCUCGCUCAAAGAUCGCGACCGUGAUAGGGAUGGUUUUCGUGCCCUGUGGACGCGAUUGAAACCCGCUGAUAAGCCUGACGUGGGGAUUCCGUUUGACACCGAGGAUGCUAUGUUUAGCCCCCCUAUAGUUCCUACGCGUCCACCAAUAGAGGAGCGGCCGUCGAAGAAAAAUCUCCAGCGCGGUGUCAUUCCUCCCGAAGAAGACAUGAAGCGCUUAUUCCAGGAAUGCAAGAUCGCGAAAGGGAAUGCGACUUUCCUUAGUGAGAUGCUUGCAUACACGAAACCGGAACAGAUAGAAGGGAGCCUAAUACCGGUGCGUGUGAUUUCUCAGUUAACCUUGAUAUUCAUUUUGCCAGUCUGCUACAAUACCUUUCCAUGGCAUAUCACGGCUCACAUACCCCGAUCUUGUCAAUAUCGAUCUGACUGGUCCAUAGGAAUUUUUGACAAAGUGCCGCGCGUCGCAAGAACUCAUAUAUACCCAAAUUCCAUGGGCAUCUGCUGGAGCUGAACGGUCGCGCAAUGACCGAGAAAAGAAUGCAGAAGGAAAUGGACGUACGAAAUCGCAGCCUGACAUGCAAUUCAGUUCUCCGCCGAGUCGAGAUUACCAUGGUAUGGAUACUCACUUUUCUAUUACAGAGGGAGAGAAACAAACUUCAGAGGAGGAGCUUCUUG